AGAGUUAGGACCACUGCAUGUUAAUUACGUACUGUGUUCCAACCUUUGCGCGAGUCGUGCAGGUGUGGACACUGAACGGGCUACUACAACCACGCCUAUGUAACCUGUAACCUUGCCAAACACUAGCCAGCAUGCAGUGACCCUCUGUAACCUGUAACCUUGCCAAACACUACAGUUUUGUCUUUGUCCUUGUGUUUUUGGUCUGUUUGGUCAUUCCUCCACAUGGCUCUACAGGACACAUGUUUUUAUUCACUAACGAGUUAUUUAAUAUUUAUCUCUAUAUGCCAUAUUGAUGUCAAGUUUCCAUGCCAUAGCAGUCAGGAAAUAGAAAAAUUUUUAGUUGUUUUUUUAUUUUUUUCUAUUUAGAAAGCUCGUUAGUUUUAGUGAUGGCAAGAGGGGUUUAUUGUACUGUUACACCAGACGUGUGUGUGUGUGUGUGUGUGUGUGUGUGUGUGUGUGUGUGUGUGUGUGUGUUCCUCACAGAGUUUGUGUACUGUUAACAGUCUCUAGAGAAGGAUAUGCUGGGCAGAACUUGUGAAGUUUGUUUCCUUGUGCAAGGGAACUCAAUACAACAGCCACGCCAUGCACUGACCUCUCCAGCUGGCUUCCCUGAGGAUCCCUGCAGGACGGGUUGUGGCGUGUGGCUCCGGGAGUAGUGCUGCGGUGGAGGCUGUGAGACCAGGCACCACCAUGAGUGAUGCAACUCUUAAGAAUAAUGGUCAGAUGAAGUCCCAAACACACAGUGGUGUUAGGAAUCAUAAGUGUGGGGAGUGUGGCAAGAAAUUUAUUCGAAAGCCUGACCUCAACAAACACACCUUGAUACACCUCGGUAUUAAAAAUCAUGAGUGUGAGGAGUGUGGCAAGAAAUUUACUGCAAAGGGUGACCUCACCAGGCACAUUCUGAUACACAGUGGUGUCAGGAACUAUGGGUGUGAGGAAUGUGGCAAGAAAUUUACCACAAAGUCUCACCUCACCUCACACAUCCUGACACACAGUGUGAGGAAUCAUGAGUGUGAAGAGUGUGGCAAGAAAUUUACCAGAAAGUCUCACCUCAACACACAUGCCAUGCUGCACAGUGAUGUCAGGAAUUAUAAGUGUGAGGAGUGUGGCAGUGGAUUUACCAAAAAGUGUGACCUCACCGCACACACCCUGAUACACAGUGGUGUCAGGAACUACAAGUGUGAAGAGUGUGGCAUGAAAUUCCUCACAAGGGGUAACCUCAACAUACACUACCUGACACACAGUGGUGUCAGGAAUUAUGAGUGUGAGGAGUGUGGCAAGAAAUUUGCCACAAAGGGUAACCUCACCAUACACACUCUGACACACAGUAAUGUCAGAAGUUAUGAGUGUGAAGAAUGUGGCAUGAAAUUUAUCACAAAGAGUAACCUCACCAGACACAUCAAGGCACACAGUGGUGUCAGGAAUUACGAGUGUGAGGAGUGUGGCAAGAAAUUUACCACAAAGGGCAACCUCACCACACACACCCUGACACACGGUGGCAUCAGGAAAUAUGAGUGUGAAGAGUGUGGCAUGAAAUUUAUCACAAAGAGUAACCUUACCAGACAUGCCAAAGCUCUCUGUGGUGUCAAGAAUUAAGUAGGAAGUGUGUGGCAAAAAAUUUCUUUGCAACAGACAUGCUUAUAGACACACUGACUUGACGGAGUUUGAUUGUGAUGUUUAUGGAAAGUGUUUCAAGACAAAGCCAGACAUUGCCAGGCACAUGAGGAUCCACUUUUGAGGUGAUUGUACCCUUGCCUAGGGUGGUGGUGGUGGUGGUGGCAGUGAUAAUAGCAGCCCCAGCACUUGUUGGCAGUACAGUGUAGAGGAGUGACUCAAUAGAUGUGUCUGUGGUGAA